UUUAUGAAGAUUUUUAGAUAAAUUCCAUUUAUUUUAUAAAUAAUAUGACCUCCACCGAUUUAAAAAUUAUUUUGGAAUUCAGUGCCGGCGCCGAGUUACUUUUCGGCAACAUUAAAAAACGUGAAAUAUCUUUGCCUUUAACAGAAAAAUGGACCAUUAGAAGCCUCUUAAAAUGGAUGCAUGCUAACAUCCUUACCGAAAGACCGGAGUUAUUCAUACAGGGAGAAACUGUACGUCCUGGAAUUUUGGUAUUGGUUAAUGACACAGAUUGGGAAUUAUUGGGUGAACUGGACUAUGAAUUACAACAGAGAGAUAAUGUUUUAUUUAUUUCAACUUUGCAUGGUGGUUAAUAAAAGACAACUUGUAUGCUAACAACACUGUUAAUUAAGAUAAACAAAUCAAUUUUUCUAUAAAAUAUAAUACUAAAAUAUUGAAA